GAUUUUAAAAUACAGUUUUUACUUUUAAAGGAUUAUAAAGUUUAAGAAGAGGGCUGCUUUUCCAAACAACCAUCAGAGUUAAGUUAUUCACGCCGUUGGAGACAUCGAUUUAGACACAUUUCUCUCCCUGAUUCUUAGAACCAGUCUGUCUCUGCUUCCCCAUCAACACAGCACUGGUACAGAUUUGGCUCUGAGGUUUUCCACCGAGACGUCAGGCAGGUGGGCGAGUGGGCGGGCGGACCUCAGCGUUUGGUCACUGGUUAUUUCAGAGCCUGUGAUCCCCGCCGGUCGGUGCUGCGUCCUGACGUCAGGUUAUUAUAAGGAGGCAACGGAACGGGAGCGGCUGGGCAGACAGCGGGGCUGAAGGGGAGAAAGGAGCGCAGAAACAGGCUGAAGGAAGCCGGACCAUGCUGAUCUGAUUCUCCACUGACAGGGCAUUCUGAAGAGGUGAUUAAGGGGAAAUUAUUCUGGAGCUACCAGGCAGAGUUGAUGUGGAGAAGCCCUUUUGGUUACAGUAAGAUGAAGGGGAUUCCUCUGCUCUCCAUCUCAGACUACAUCAUCACCAUAUCGCCAUGGCAACAGUUGGUGAAAUCAGUACUCUCUGUUCCCUACAUAUCACUUAAUAGAUCUCACACUAAGUCUCCAAAUGAGAUAUCUGGAGGGUGCAUGGCAGAUCCAGGGCCGGCCUGAGGUUGUCUGAGGUCCUGAGCAGAAUUAAAUUUGGGGGCCCCUUCCAGCAAAACCCAUUAUCGUUGAGAGGCACACUUACACUUCAAGUGUGGCUGUUUCAUCUCUUCCACCACAAACUAUUGGCUCAGUUAGUUUUUUUGAAAAUGGUCAACAUUUUCAAAGCCAGAUUUUUUCUUGGUUUGUCUGAUGAGUCAAGUCAAAUUUAGUGUAACUAAAAGUAAAAGUGUUAUAUCAGAUGUAUACCAGGUAGGUAGCAGAUAUCACUGCACUGUUGUAUGAAACCAUAACAUUUUAUUGUUAUGCUUAAAUUAACACAUCAACACCAACUGUUUUUUUUUUUUUUACUUUAACAUAAAAAUGCAAUAAACUUCUCUGGGUUAUUUUGAAUCUUAACCGGGUGUAAUAUUCACCAUUUUGCAAAUAGAAAUAGGCAUUUAAGUUUAAAGAUAACAGAAGAAAUAAGUCAGAAAUUAGUCAGCACUACAUAAAACAAACGUGUGAGGCUUUUAUUCUGAAGAACCACACGUGUCUUUUUGUAAUGAUGUAAAGUGUUCCAUAAGCAACCACUCAAAUAAUGCUGGUUCUUGUUGCUCAGCAGUUCAAUAAGUAACGUGGCGACUGUGGUGACAGUUGUGGGUUUGAUUCCAGCUUCCUUGUGCCACAUGUUGGUGUGCUGCUAGGUGAGGCACUUAACUACAACUUGCCUUCUGAUCUGUGUAUGUAACUGCAGGAAUUAAAACUUAAGUGUUGCUACAAAUGUAAAACUCUUGGGAUUUUUCCAACAGAUUUUUUCAUAAAUCUACCAUGUGUAAUUUCAAGAGUUGGUGCAAGUCCUCCAGGCCAGCAGGGGGCCAUCAGCAGAUUUAAAGUAGGCCUGUUUGGCCAGGUCAUAAGUGUCUCACCAGUGAUACAGCACAGUCUGAGCUGAAGAGAGGGCUUCUGGGUCCUGAGAGGCGUAGGUAUGGGGAAGGACUAUUACAAGACCCUUGGGAUCCCCAAAGGUUCCAACGAGGAUGAGAUCAAGAAGGCCUACCGACGGAUGGCGCUGCGCUUCCAUCCGGACAAGAACACAGAUCCAAACGCGGAGGAGAAAUUCAAGGAAAUCGCAGAGGCCUAUGAGGUUCUCAGUGACCCGAAGAAAAGGGUCAUCUACGACCAGCUGGGAGAGGAAGGUUUGAAGACAGGAGGCAGCAGCUCUUCUGGUGCUCCUGGCAGCUCGACGCAUCACUACACUUUCCAUGGAGACCCUCACGCCACUUUUGCCUCUUUCUUCGGGGGCUCCAACCCUUUUGACAUGUUCUUUGGCUCCAGCCGCAGCCACAGCCGCUCCAACGGUUUCCCCUUCCACAACGACCACAGCAACGGCGCAGAGCAGGACACAGAAAUGGAUGAGGAUGACCCCUUUGCUCAGUUUGGGAGACAGUUUGGCUUUCCUGGAGGAAUGAACAAUGGCUUUCCAGGGGAGGGUCGCAGGAGGAGGGGGCCAACCCCGUCAGAGCGCCUGGGGACCCACCGGAAGCACCAGGACGCGCCGGUGGUCCACGAGCUGAGGGUCUCACUGGAGGAGAUCUUCCACGGCUGCACCAAACGCAUGAAGAUCACUCGCCGCAGGCUGAAUCCAGACGGGAGGAGCAUGAGAACAGAGGACAAGAUCCUCAACAUCGUCAUCAAGAAGGGCUGGAAGGAGGGGACCAAGAUUACUUUCCCAAAAGAGGGGGACGAGACCCCUGAGAACAUUCCUGCCGACAUAAUGUUUGUGCUUAAAGACAAGGGGCAUGCCCACUUCAAAAGAGACGGUUCCAAUAUCAUUUAUAACUGCAAGAUAACCCUAAAAGAGGCGCUGUGUGGCUGCACUGUUAGUAUUCCCACGCUGGAAAACCGCGUCAUCUCGCUCCCUUGCCACGAGAUCAUCAAGCCAGGAACGUUGAAGCGGGUCAGGGGAGAAGGUCUGCCUUUCCCCAAGAACCCGUCGCAGCGCGGUGACCUCAUCGUGGAGUUUUCUGUCCGUUUUCCUGACAGGAUCCCCCCGCAGUCCCGAGAGAUUAUCAGACAGCACCUCCCCCAGUCGUAGGAGGACCACUCAGAGCCCUCCACCGGCAAAUAAAACUACCCAUCAUACAACCUCAUCUACUCCUCCCAUAUAUGGUAGUUACGGUUUUACUGUCCUGUGUUGAUCACAACAUCUUAGAAGGACAGACAAAGACUGGCAGGAUCAGGAUUUAAUUUAGCUUUGUAUGUGCUGUCUUUUGGUCCAAGCACACACACACACAUGCCCACACACACACACAUGAGUCCCCAGACAGUGAAGCGGUGCUGAGGCUGGGCUGUGCACAACUGUGGUUUCUACCCAACCUUCUUUUCUGAACAGUUUUUUACAAAUUUAUCAGUGGUUUUAUAAGCUCUCCUCCUCUCCAAUCCUUAUCUUUUUGUGAAAAGGAUGAAGUUUGAGAUAUUUUUUUAAAAGAAAUGCUUAAUUAGGAUUUUUUUUGUUUUCUUAUUUUUACCUCAAGUGUACCAGCAGCUUGAGUGUUUUCAGUACAUAGUCUAGUUUUAACAUAACUCCACCUUGACUUUGACUCCAUGCUAAAGAAACAUAGAUUUUAAGUCUGUAGACUCGUUAGUGUGGUCGACCUUCCCCAAACAGACAUCUGCUAGGCCAAAUUUCACAUAAAGUUCCACAUUGCACUGCAGUUUAGACUUGGCAUGGGCCGGUUUCUGGUCUCAAGGUAUUCCAGGGUUUUUAAAGGUUACGGUUUCAAAACCCCCAAACCUUUCUUUCAUACUGAUUGUUUAAUGUCAUUUUAUAGAAGAAUAUGAGAAAAUACUGGCAUUAAAAGCAACUUUUUCUAGCUGUUUGAAGUUGCUGUUCCCUCGUUUGUUGCUGUGCACUGCCGGUCAGCUGCUUGAAAGUAUGCUACUACUGUUUUUUAUUGCUUAAAAGAAAGAGAAGUUCAGCUAUUUGGAUACAGAUCUGGUAUAACACAGAAUGUCAUUAUAUGAAAACUAGAAGGGUGUCAUUUAUUAUUGUUAUUAAGCUGUUAGACUGUUUUAAAACUGUAUCAAGCUUCAGCAUGUCGCAAUCAACUGCUUGCCCAUAGAGUCAGCAGUAUAAUCAUGAUUAUGGCAUCUAGAGCAGGAGUCCCAAAGUCUAGAUGGAUCCCUUCUCCAACACACCUGAAUCGAAUAACUGAGUGACCUCCUCUGCAUGUCAUCAACUUCCAGAGGCCUAAUAAUGAGCCAUUCAUUUGAUGCAGGUGUGUUGAAUCAGGGAUUUGUCUAUAAGUUUUAGUACCUUGGCUCUUGACGACUCUCGCAUUUAACACUAUGGCAUUCGGAAUUUGAUUGCCAGAUAAGCAGAGCUGCUGAGGAUGUUUUUGGUCCAACGGGAUGUUUUUCUUGUUUUUAUUCCAACAUAGUCUGUUUUGCUACAGAAUUGACAAGAACAGCGACUCAGAUAGCGGCCAUAACAACAUCACUUUAUGUCACACUGUAAGCUAUACUGAUGCAUCAUUCAUGUCAGCAUGCUGGAUGCUUGAAAAUGAAAGUGAAACUCAUUACAGGACCUACUUUCCGAGUAAUUCUGUUAAAUAUUUUCUGACCAUCACAUUUUAUUCCAACAUAGUCUGUCGAUCCUUAAAUAUAAGAAUAGAUGGUGAUAUUAUGGGAAAAAUAACAUACUCAGAUCACUGUGAUUCCACAUUGUUGAUCCCAAAACACACGCAAUACCCAGAAUGGGAUACAAUUUUUACACAAAUACCCUUCAUUUCAUCAUGUUUAUAUCCACAUAAUGCACUUUUCAAUAUGAAUCAGCAUGAGAGCAACUAUAGUUCUUGGUCCUUUUAGGACAAAUAUGUUUGACCUAAGAUGUUACCUUUAGCCUGCAUGUCACCUGUUUUUGUCAUGGCUAUGAAACCAGCUUGUGAAAAAAUUGCAGCUCAGAGAAAUGAUCCCAAAACGUCUCAUACAGAUAAACCAUCAACCACUGAUUAAGAAGCAGAACAACAGAAAGCGAUUUUUUGCAAAAUAAGCAAGGUUACUUAAAGAAACUACAACACUUGUCAGAUCUUUAUUGUACAUUUUGUUUAAUUUUAUGUAAGACAACCAAUUUACCAGUAAAUAAAUUAAAUAAAUAACUUUUCCUAUAAUAAUCAUUAUGUAAUAGCUUUUUGGAAGUAACGGUACUUUUUAUUCUGAUUCAAAUGAAAACAAUUAGAUUACAUCAAGCAUUUUGGUCUUAAGCUUUUUUGUAAUUACCACUUAGCUAAAUUUUGUCAUACCAUGAGGAUUACGCACCGGCCCAUGUCUAGUUCACAUUAGCCCAUCUUGGUUGAAUUGAAACGGCAAUCACAACCUGCAACUGCAGCGGGAGCUUUGAUAAAAAUCUGCUUGCAACAAAGGGUGCUUUCCUUCAUGCUGAGCUGCUCAACACCGAUUAGCUGGCUCACUUUCUAAGGGACAUACAGGUGCCUUAGCCCAGUGUCAAACCAAUAACACAGGCCACACUGAAAUAUAUACAAAAAGCCAUGAGUGCACAACAGAUGAUGCCCUAUGCUGUGUUAGACUUUACCAUCUGGAGGUGGUAAAACUGUAAGUAAGCAAUGUAAAGUUUAUAAAGUACUGUAAGUAAGCCAAAAUGUUUUUAGGGAGCAAUUUGAUACGAGACUGAGGAUUUUUGUAAGUAAUUUAAAGCAAAGUGCCAAACAAGUAGAGGUGGGAUUUUCCCCGAGGGACUAAAUGACAGUUAUUCUGACAGCCCCCUGCUCUGUUGUGUAUUAUAUCUUUGUUCUCUUGUGGCUUUUGAAGGCCAUGUCUUGGUGCUAAAGUGAGCAGUGCCACCAAUAAACCACACUGCUUUGUGAUUUGAUAAGGCUUCUGUGUUUUAUAUGUGUACAGCUAGUAGAACACCCUGUUUAGGAACCAGGCCUUGAAGCGGAUGAUCUUUUUCUCAACAGCAGGGGGCGCUGAAACCCGUUGAGCUCCUCCUCAUUUUGUAUUUUACAUCAGUGAUGUAAAACACACUGAGAUGUUUAUAUGAGCAUGAGUUAUGCAGGACGUUCAUGUUGGUCUUACAUAUAUAUAUAUUUAAAAUGUUUUCUUCCUGGGAUGUUUAAAUGCAUUAAAAAUGCACUUUUAUAUUGUUCAAAAUAUUGCGGAAACAAUUAUAGGAUGGGAGAGACAUGACUGUCUGAUUGUGUGAUUGUUUGUACUGCCUCUUAAACCCUCAGAGGUGUGGCUGCAACCAGAGUGUACAUGUACCGCUGCUGAAAACUCGCCAUCACUGCUUGUCUGCAUUUGACAAUACGGUAUUUAUUAACUUUUAAUAAUGUAACAAAUAAACCAAAUGUGUGAAAUUAA